CUUAUCAAAAUUCCCCUAAAAGAAACUGCAACUCACCGUCGCCGGUAAUGGCUGCCUCCGAACCGGACGGUUGGUUAGCUGCCUUCCUGAAAUCGGGCAUCUAUAAGCUUGAUGAGGCCAAUGCAUUCUUCAUCGAUCCUGUUCGGGUCCUGAACCGAUCAUACACCCGAUUUAGGGUUUCUCCGUCCGCCUACUACUCCCGCUUCUUCCCCUAUUCGAAUCCUUCAAUCUGUAAUCCCGAUGUUUCGCCCAAAAAUCCCAAAAAGCGCAAAUGCCGCGGCAAGGAUAAGAAGAUAUCUCAGUCACUCAACUCGCGGGAGAAAUUGGCCGAACGACGGCAUCAGGAGGUGAGAGUGGGUUUGUUGAAGGCGCAUGAAGCUUUGCUUGGUGAUAGUGAGCUGCUGGGAGUUUUGAGGAAUUUGAGGGGUGAUGGAGACGAAAAUUGCGGAGAAUUGACUUCUGCGGAGCAUGACCUAGAUUUUGUGGAGUUAGGGAGCGUUUGGCAAGCUCCAUUUUACGAGAUUGUACUUAAGGUUGGAGAUGACAGCAGUGCGGUUGAAAAUGCAGGUAUCGGGUCCUCAUAUCAAAGAGAGGUUCCAGUCUUUGACAACUUAAUCGCCAAUGAGUCGAGUCAUGACAUAGAGGCUGAACUAUUGGACCACAAAUUUAUAUUUCCGAAGAAAAGUUGUGUCUAUAUGUCUGAUCUGAGGCAGAUUCACAAACUGAUUCCCGUGGAAUCUGAUUGUGGCUUCAAUCUGAUAGUGAUUGAUCCUCCGUGGGAGAAUAGCAGUGCGCAUCAGAAACAAAAGUACCAGACUUUGCCUAAUAACUACUUUUUAUCUCUUCCUGUAAAGCAACUCGCGCAUAGUGGUGGAGCUUUGGUAGCCUUAUGGGUAACCAAUCGGGAGAAAUUGCGAACCUUUGUGGAGAAUGAACUUUUUCCCAAAUGGGGAGUCAAGUCUGCUGCUACGAUUUACUGGCUGAAGGUGAAGGCGGACGGCUCCUUGAUUGGUGAACUGGAUCUCUUCCAUCACAGACCAUAUGAAUGUCUUCUCCUGGGUCUCAUUGAUGGAAAGGGGAUGAUGGAUUCUGAAGAGUUGCAGAGACCAGUAGUGAUCCCGGACAACCAAGUGUUCAUCAGUGUUCCAGGAGAUCAUUCAAGGAAACCCCCAAUUGGAGAGUUGCUACUGGACUACAUCCCGGGACCCAAACCUGCACGUUGCAUAGAACUGUUUGCUAGAGAGAUGAUCCAAGGGUGGACUUCAUGGGGUAAUGAUCCACUGCAUUUUCAAGAUUCGAGGUACUUCCUUCCUUCUAGAGAUAAGUAAAUUCAUAAUUUAUUAUAAUCAUAAGGUGUUGAGUACAAAAUUCUUACUUUUGAGGAUUCCAUCUAAAGGUUUAGGAGUGAUUAUGAGAUAUUUUCUCAAAAACAACCGCAGAGAUGAAUGAAUUAUCACUGUACUGUUGUUAUUAGUCAAUUUUGUACCAGAAUCAUAAAAUUUAGAGUCAGAAAAGGAGGAUUCUUAUUUAUUACUACUA